UCUCGCUCUUUAUCGUCCCGACUGAGUAAUAUGAAUCGCUGUUGCUCCAUGCCUGCAACAUCUUGAUAUACUUCUGUUCGGUUUCGUUUUUCCUUUUCUGUCAUAGACUUUCCUUUCUUUUUUUUCCUUGCAGAAAAAUAAAAAAUCAUUCCAAAUGCUCAUUCUAGUUCUGUUCUCACACCUCCUUUUAUUCUCCGAGGCCUCGGCGGCGGGUCCGCUGAGGAGAGGAGAGAGAUUAAGAUGGCGAAAUGUUGCAGGGGCAUCGAACGUGUACAGAUUCGCAAACACUUCCAGUGUAGCUACUACGUCGGUAACGUCUUUGGGAGACGAAGCCUCUUCACUGCCAGCGCUUGGCGAAACAUCAACGCAAUCCUCAUCUCAACCUUUAAGUUCAUCCAUAACAUCAGACGCUCAGUCAGGGUCGUUAUCGACCGCGGUUGCUUCGAGUACAAGCGCGCCAUCGACCUCGACUGGAUUAACGUCUUCGACUUCAAUCUCUCGAUCGUUCACCCUCAUCGAGAGUAGUACUAUUCCCGCUAUCAGCAUAUUUCCAUCUUCUACAGUACUCAUUGGACCUUCCCCCUCUAAUGGAACCGACUCGAACGCGAGUGCUACAUCAUCCAACGUGGAACAGGCACCAUCAGUAAGCUCGACCGGGCUAUCUAUCUCGACUUCUUCGUCGAUUCCACUGGUGUCAGCGUCUUCAGCUGUCUCUGGCUCCGUUUCUAGCUAUGAAUCCCAGCCCACCACGACGCAGAGCGAGACAAGCCAGUCAAAAUUGGCCAGCGUCACUUUUGCAUCAUCAAUCUCAACUUCUGCUGCCAAUCCUUCUACGUCAACUGACAAUGGGGGUGUUGGUGCUUCAAGUAGCUCUUUGGCUCCAAGUAUCACAUCUGCACCAUCGAGCUCGGAUGCGUUCGUACCAAUAACAAAAUCAUCAUAUACGUCCCACUCCGUGUCAGCAACUGGCUCAAUGAAUGAUAAUAUCCCUACUAUUAUCAGUUCUAUUCCAGCUUCGAGUACGACGGUAUCUCCUCAAGUGCUUGCUAGCAACUUGGCCGACGCAAAGCGUUAUAACGAAGUCUUCGCUGGAUUAACUGAGCAGUCUGCGUGCACAGCGGGUCAAGUUGCCUGCGUCAACGGAAACAUCGGCCAAUGUUCUAGUGACGGCACAUUCGACAUAAUCCCCUGCGCUAGCAACCUAACUUGCUAUGCCUUGCCGAUGACAACGGUUGUCGGUGUACAAAUUGGUUGCUGGGAUGACGCCACCGUUAAGAAGGCUCUGGGUGAUGAUGUACCUUCCGUAUCCAGUUCGAGUUCGACCGCAUCCGGUGGGCUGAUCACAGUGACGAUCACGCCGACCUUUACCGAGACGGCUCAAACCACAGUGACGAUGGGUUCAUCCACAGAAAGCUCGUCAUCUGCAGAAAUAUCUUCGACGACUGAUCCUUCGGUGCCCAGUCCUACUGAAGCUCCCCCGAAAACGGUGACCGUUACUUUCAUCCCUAGCACCUUUAGCACUGUGACCAAAUCGAGUUCGAGUUCAACUCCACAAAUAAUCACACAAACCGUCACCGUGACUCCCUCGCCCUCGGCAACCUCGUCUUCGACUAUUGAAUUGCCUUCACCGCCGUUAAUUACAAGCACUUCUACUCUCCAAUCCAUUCCCACCGACUCAGGUCUCCAUGUCAUCCCGAUCGAGACCGACGCUAUUGGUCUCCCUGACAUCCCAGGCUUACCUGGCGGUAAUGAUGAUGGUUCGCCAUUUGCCACAAACACUAAGCAUUUCGGCCUUACUACAGCAACAAAUAGCCAAGCUCCAGCCACAAUCACUGUGACUGAGAAGGAGACGGAAACAGUAACGACGACUACGACAGAUAUGGCCACGACAACUGCCACGGUAACGGCCUAGGUACAUGUCGGGGAAUUCAUAUGGAUAAAGAGAGGUUUCGGCGUAUUUUGAGAAAAUAUUUAGCACGGAGUUUGGGGAAUAUUGAUUUUCGCAUACAUGUCUUGGGAGGUCGGUAGUGCAGGAAAAGGAAAUACCCUUCUUACUAAUAUUUACUUCACUUUACUACUUUUAAUAUACUUAUACCUAAAGUCAUCUGCUAAUUUUCCGUCGUAGGUGAUGUGCUAGUUGAAUUAACGCUACGAGCUAUAAAUAGGGGUAUUCAUCAACUUACUUUCCGCGAUUUUUGAAGCCUUGAUAAAUACUUGGCGCUGU